GAGAUAUCCUUAAAACAUACUUCCGACGUACAACCUUACAUACUACCUCCUCUGCAUCAAAGAAUAUAUAAAGGAUACAGCGAUGGACUUCCGUACGUUUGUUAUGAUUCUUUUAUGCGCGUCGUCGUUCGCCGAGGAACAGAACGAACCGAAACCAUCGGCAUCGAUCGACGCCGAUCCAUCGGCAGAAUCGGACGAACCACCGGAAGGAUAUUACGCGUUCGUCAAAUCGCCUAACGCCGAACCGCCCAAAGUGAGGCCACCUCCUUACAUAGACAGCGAUAAGGAAUGCUACGACACCGGUAAACAGGGGAAAGGUUUCGUGUCUAUACACAAUAUCUGCGGUGACCUUAACAAGGGCUACAUCCCACGAAAUCCCAUGAGUCAAUACUUCAAUGGUUCUUCCUAUCCCUUCGCGUUACUAAAGAAUCACACCCUGAAGUUUCUGAGCAAAGCCCUGCCUAUUCUGAAGGCCGACGAAUCUCUGCCCAAGGUCGCGACCGUUCAAGCCUACUCCCAAAAUUCCGUCGACACCGACGAGAAAAGAGGCAGAAGCAAACGAUCAUCGGAAUCGACGAGUAGCUUAGACACGAUCAGAAACGGUCGGAAGUUCUGCGAGAACGGCGAAGGAGUGGUUUGUAUGCUGUACAAAGCCAUACAAGGCGAACCGCUCGCUACGUCAGCGGCGGAACGCCGGGACGAGCCCUCUACCCCUGAAUACCGUCAACGAACACCGACACAGGAGAAACCGGAGUACUCUGGCCCACCCACUCCUUGUCCAGCCAAAGUAGAAUACGCGACACCAGUCUUCGCAAAAAAUUAUCAAGGUGUAUGGCGUUACGUAGUCCAGAUACCUUAUGAGGGCUACUUCACGCAGACCAUCGAAGUCACCAGAUGCAUGCAAUCGAGGUGCCACUAUUUGGACGGUGGUUGUCUGUCGUCCCCGAGAUGGACCAGUUUGCUGGUAGCGGAAAUAUUUUAUCCCGACACGAUUCUCGACGAGAAUGAAAACUCGCGGUUUAGCGGCCUCAGGGAUCCUGCCGGUUCCCCGCCGCCAGUUCACGAUUUCCAAAAUUAUCAGCAAUACUUACAGAAACGUGCUGACGAGAACGAAGCUCGCAACAAUGCUGGCGGUUCGCAACAGUAUCACUGCGACGGCAUCGAUGAGAUGGGUUGUUUCCAGGUGAGGUUAUACUACGACUGGUUCCUGGUGCCGGGCAGCUGCAAGUGUUGGCGUCCGGACUACUUCAAUCGGUACGUUCGUCGAAGCGGUUCGAGCAUGGAGUUGUGA